AUGGCACAACCGCCGCAGAUGUCGCUGGAGGCGGCGCUGGACGAAGAACGGCGCGAAAUCCUGGACAUCCUGGAGGGCAAGACGCAGAGCCCGCCCUCGCAGCGCCCCGCCCGCCAUGUGAGCCCCGCGCCGCCUGUCCGUAGCAUGCUGGACAUCGCUCCCGAACCAGCACCGCAGCGCCAUGGCUCCGUCGCCGGCCUGGGCGCAGGUGUAACCCAGCCGCCCUCCCGCGCGACGGCCAAGUCCAGCGCCGGCGUGCGCAGCAUGCUCGAGCCCAUUGCGCCCUCGCCGCUGCGCUUGACCCAGAGCGCGACCUCCUCGCCCACCACGGACUCCGCGCCCGCCCACGAGCCGCCGCCCGACGGCCUCCGUCGCGCCUCCGAUUCCUCGUCCAAGGGCCUUCCCGAGGUGAAACGCCGCCAGGGCGUGGAUCCCCAGCAGGACUACCAGUUCGAGAUGCUGCCCAGCAUUCCCAGCGCCUUGCCCAAGCGAGUGACCCAAGGUGGAAAGCUGAGCCAUCAUAACACCGCGCUCCAUACGAAUUCAAUGGCCUCUGUGAUGUCUGGUGGAGAUAUCGGACUACUUCCGGGUUUCCCAAGAGGCAGGCAGAUCGGAAGACACCAGCCCAUUCCCGGAAGAUCCAAAUCCCCUUGUUCACGACCUGCGCGCUCACAGUCACCGGGGUUGAACUCCAACUCCAUGAAUCUAAUGAGUACUCCAGGGAAAUUUGUGACUGAUUCUGGGAAAGUGAUAAAUAUGGACCAUGCUUACAGGCGGCUAUCGAAUGCUGCGAUUAUGAGAUCUGGCGGACUGUUGGCUAAUUACCCUGGAAAUUCACCACAUAAACAGGGUGAUGGCGUUGAUGGAGCAGCUGAUGGAGACGCUAGGCUUCAGAAAGAUUAUUACUCUGAUACGCCAGAGGGCGGUUUCAGCGAGGAUGGUACAAGUGACGACGUUGAAGAUACUAGCUCGGGAGAAGAUUCGUGGAAGUCAGAAAUCCAUCGCGGACGAAGACGGAUUAGAAAAAAAAUUGCAGAUAUAGAUGGAGCUGGCAGCACCAAAGGAGAAACCAAGAAAGUUCAGAGCCUGCUCGCUGCUGCGGAAGAAGAACGUGCAAAAAUAUCCUCUACUUACAAAGUCAAGUCCUUACUCGAUCCUGUCGGGCCUCGCACGGCGAAAGCAACUGCGGAGAAACUGAUGAACAACAGAAAGACUGGCAUUCAUCCGAAUACUAGCUUUGAUCUGACCGCAUCUACCAGCAAUACUCCAGUCGGCUCUGAAGACGAGGCUGAGUUUUCAGAUAUCAAAAAGGCGCAGAAUCUUAGCAUUUACAUGUCCGCUGUGGACCAGACGGUGCCUAACAGGGUGAUUCGCACGAUAAUCCGUGGCGAUUUCAACAGAACCCAAGAAGAGGGAGACCAUGGCCAUCGGCGGCUACGGAAGUAUCUGGUUGCAACCGAUCUAAGUGAAGAGUCAACCUACGCGCUUGAAUGGACCAUCGGCACUAUCCUCCGCGAUGGAGACACAAUGUACGCUGUCUACGCAGUCGAAGAAGAGUCGAGCUCUGGCAAAUCUUCUGGAGAUACGGACAGCAUCAGUUCGGUGAAUAUCAACGACGGGGCAAAAGCGAUGCUGGACAUUACGACGACCGUAGGUGCGCAGACGGAAAAAACGCUAGGAGAUUCCAACCGGGCAUCUGCCCACCCGUCGCCGCAAGGGUCUGCCGUUCAUCUGAUGUCGGAUAGCAAGAGCGGCUCCAUUGAUUCGCGCGCGACAACGAAAAUCGAGGCAGAGAGACUCCGUGCUAUAGAAUUACUAUCUCAAACAGUUGUGAGGUUACUACGCAAGACGAGGCUGCAGGUUCGAGUUGCAAUCGAAAUAAUCCAUUGCAAGAGCCCCAAGCAUCUGAUUACGGAAGCUAUCGACACUCUUGAGCCCACACUGGUAGUACUAGGCUCUCGAGGACGAAGCGCUCUCAAAGGCGUCCUACUUGGCUCGUUCUCCAACUACAUAGUGACCAAGUCCUCCGUGCCGGUGAUGGUUGCUCGUAAGAAAUUACGCAAGCACUCAAAGCUGAAGAACACGCGUGUUCGACUGACAAACAAUCUAACCACUCCGAGAAAACUUGCUUUUGCGAAAAUUGAUUAA